AUGAGAGUCCAGCUCCCUGCGGGCAGUACAGGCCUCGUGGUUGAAGAAUUCGGUCCAAAGCUGUCUUUGACAGAUACAGAUCAAGACUUAGCCCAUGCAACUGGGCUCUCGAUAGAGACGUAUCAGAAAUCAACAGAAUUCAACUCCGUCUUCAAGAGUGCCAAGGCCGAGAGACUUCAAGCAAACGUCACUGAGUUGAGUAACCAGCUAGACCACAAAUAUGCGGAAUUAGCUGAGAUCCGCCAAGAUGCUGACCGCGACCUUGUGCAGGUGAUGACGACCAUAACUCGGCAGGCAAAGGACAUGAAGGAGGUCCAGGAAGGCACCAGACCAGUCAUCGGCCUCUUCUACUCGGAAGGCGACAAGAACCGUCCGCUGGCUGAUGUCCUGAAGGAGCUGCCUGGGCGGAUAUCUUCAUAUAUCAAAGAGAUGGGCAAGAGCUGCAUCCGCGGCUUUAGGACUACUCUAGGUCUACUUUCCUAG